AUGUCGUACGCAUCUGACGUCUACGCCGUUCUCGCUUCGGAGCUCGAGCUGUACGACUCGGUUCUGUCGACCGUCAGCACACCUGUCGAGAAAACGCCGGGUCUCAAGAGCGAAUCCGUCUCGCAGCAAGACAGCGAAGCACACGAUGAGGCCAUUCAAGACCAGAGGAAGCCCAUUCAGGACAUCAUCGCAACAAUCCGACCUGCGGACGGAUCCCACACUUUGCCGUCUCGGAAAACGUUGCUGAGCCUGCUGGAUCGAUUGGAUAGCACGGCCCAGCAGCAAGAUGGCAACGUCGUGCCUCACUUUGAGGAGCUCCAGAUUGUCGCCCUGUCUCGACUGGUGGUAGCAACCUACGCUGUCGCACUCGACACGCUACUUCAAGAUGCGGGAAAGCUGGAGGAUGAAACGUGGUACUGGACGGACAUCGAAGAAUCGACACGGAAGACGCUCUCGUUUCUCGUCCAGACGCUGCCUGUGCGCUUGUAUCAUGUCAGCGUGCAGGUUUUGGAGCUCGCAGCGGGCACAGCGACCAGCACGCUCAAGAGCACGCUUGCGGACAAGGAGGAGAGCAAAUCCUCGCAGGUAAAGCGCGUCGACAAGAACACGGUCCGAGCGGCUUUGCGCAGCAUCCUCGAUACGCCCAACCUGAUCACGUCGAUGCUGUUCCCGUACGCAUUCCGCCCAGAAAGGGGCAUUGACCUCGACACUAUCUUGGCAGAGCGCAACUCACAGCGAGAGAAGGUGGCGACACUGCGGACACAGCUCGACGCCAAUAGCGAGGCAGGUGAUCAGCUGUCGGUCAGCUCCAAGAAGACCAAGAAGCAGCGCGCUAAAGACUUGCGUUCGACCAUGUUGACCCUCACUCCGACCUAUCUUGCAAGACACGAAGCGAGGUGCAAGCGCCGUGGACUCGUCAAUGAGCGCAAUCGCUUGGCAGAGAAGCUGGGCCGGCUGGCUCUCCAGCACGAAGCGCUGUCCGACAAGGCCCAAGAGCUCACCUCGUCAACCACUUCGGACUCCCCCAGCACAGCCGUGCUUGGUCAUCUGAACGCCAAGCUCAAGGUCCUAGUCGAGAGCUUCGCCGUGCCAAGCGACUCUGACGCUCAGCCGGCGUCUACAGACGUCAAGAUCGACAUGGACGCGAGUCUGACCCCCGAGAGCACCCUCAGCACACUCCGGCUCUUGUUGAAGGAAGGCUUUGAGAAACACCAAGAUCGAACGCGCCAAGUGCUCUCUCCCGACGUCUUUGGUCAGCCAUCCGCCUUCGUUCAGCGCUGGCCCAAGCUCGUCUUCUACCCUAUCAGCCUGCUUCUCUUGGGACGCUACCUCUCCAAGAACUGGAACGGCAUCGAAGCCAAGCUGAAAGAAGCGCAGGAGACGAUGCGAAGCUUCCUGAUCGAAUGGGUGUGGAAGCCGUGCGUCGAGCUGCUUGACACGGUUCGUCACGGCAACGAAGGGAGCGUCAUCAUGUCGCGCGAAUCGCUCGCCUCGGACCUGCAGUCGCUCGAGAGGAUGGUGAUCGAUUUCACCGCCGACAAGUACGGCACGUCGGGCGCGGAGCUGGACGCUCUCGCAGCCAAGGUGAGGGAAGGCGAUCUGACGCCUGUACUCAAAGUGUACGAAGCCGAGCUCAAGAGCCCGGUCAAGUCGAUGGUCAGCGGUUCGCUCAUCCGCUCGCUGCUGAUCCAGAUCCAGAAAGCCAAGGUGGACCUGGAAGUGGCCAUGUCAGGGAUCGACAAGAUGCUCAAGAGCCAGCAGCUUCUGUUUGGCGCAGUGGGCAUUGCGCCUGCGCUGGGCAUUCUCUACGUCUCACAAAACUACGUGCGCACCAAGCUGUUCAAUCUGACUACAAGCAGGUCCGAGUCGUCCGGGCGCGGAUAUCAGAUGCGGGCGUGGGAAGCUAUGCGUCGCGUUGACCGCCUUCUGUCGUCCCCACCCACCGUCGCUGAUAGGCACAACAGCCGAUCCCGAGAGGCAGACAAGCAAGGACGCAGCAGAGACGAUCUGACGCAAGGCUUGUUGCUGCUCGAUCUGUCAACGCUGCGCUCGGCAUCGGGGCCGUUGCUCAUGACGCUGUCCAAGGGCAAGAAGGCGGCGGCGAGACGGUUGCAGCGCCAGUUCCUGCAGGACAUUCGUGACCUCGAGUCGGGCGAGCACAGCGCCGUGGAGAGGAUGUGGAGGAGUUGGGGCACUUCGGUGCUGCGCUUGCCCUCGUCGUAA